UUAAGUAUAUUACCCCGGUAAUUGUCAGUCAUUGGUCGGUCUCGGCCACUCCGCAAGAUAUAUUCUUGCUCGAUCAACGGACAUACGUAUGUAAUCCUUUAACGAUCACACUAGAACAGAGUCCACUUUGACAGCUUCCGCUACUGUACUCUCCGCAAUGGAGGGAAAGACGCAGACCCGCUCUAUGGGGGCCAUGGAGUCAUAUUUUAAUAUGGCUACACAAAUGGGCGCUCCCUCUAACCAUAGCAAGCUGCUGGUUAUACUUGACCUCCGCGUCCGAUUCCCGCCUUCCAUCGUUAAUGUGGAGCGAUACAUUUCGAGGGCUUGGUUAGCUGUCGGGCGACAGUAUCCAAGUUUGGCUGCGGUAGCCAUCCCGCCAGACCCAGCUAAACCCGGAGACAAAUCAAAGGUCACAGUCGGCGAGUUUGACGAGGAAUCUUGGUCGCAAACCUUCUUCGUGCGCGACGAGUGCUCAAACGUUGACGCACUCUUCUCAAACUACAAACCAGCAAGCACUUCUACGUGCUAUUGGCUUCCAACCCCAGAGCAGAUCAUCAUUGCGUCACAACAUUGGCUGCUUGACGGGACCGGUCUACUUACACUUGGCAGUAGACUUAUGUCUGUUUUGGCAAGGGUCGUUCAUCUCGGACUCGACGUUCCACUCGAAGAAUACUUCGUGGAACAGCCCCUCAACCCUCCUAUUGGAAGAAACCUUGAAGACAUAAUUCGAAAGCGAUUGCAAGAUGCACGCGAUGAUACUGGUGCAUUGAUCCCGCCGGUGAGCCCGUUCCUUUUACGCAAAGGGGCUGAUUAUUUCGUGGAUGAAUUCGCCAAAGGCUUGCCUAGUAUCGGUCUUCCUGUUACCCCAGGCGCUGAGACUGCGGCCCCGAGCUCGUGUUCUCGCGUCGCGAUCCGCCUAGAUACUUCGAGUUCGAAAAGACUGGCCGACGCUUGCCGCUCUAUAGAAACAUCUGUUACGAGUGCCGUGCAUGCUGCUAUUAUCCGUGUGGCUGCAAGAUACCCUCAACAUCCUAUGGCUAAAUCCUACGCCAUAUUUGCUCCAAUUGAUCUUCGAGGGACCCUGGGAGAGGCUGGAGUCCAAGAAGCCUUAACACCCAUGGGUGUAUUGCUUUCUGGACUUCCUAUAUGUGUCGAUGGAGUGACAGACCACCAUCUUCGAGGCGAACGAAUCCCUGGGAAGGAUUUUAAGACCAUAGUACGCGAACUGACUGUUAGCUACUCCAGGGAUCUCGAUAAGGUCUGGGACCCGAAUGACGGUAGCGGUAGAACGAUAAGCUUCUUUCAGCUCACUGAAGUGGGAAUCCAGCGUCUCAUGGAAUUAAUUUCCACGCCGCCGCCUCCAGGGUUCCCACUUACCACAACUCCUGAGUUAAGUAGUCUCGGGAAAGUCGAGAACUACUUCCAGCAUGAAUACACAUAUCCAGGCCGCCCUGCCUCGAGCGUAGAAGUGGUUGACUUUUGGGUGGGGGUGAACCUCACGAACCCGAUUUUACAAUUUCAUCUUUGGACUUGGAAGGAUGAGAUUACCCUUUCCGUUACUUGGAACCAAACCUACUACGAGAAGCGUUUUGUAUAUUCAUUCUUUGAUGAAAUGAUGGAAGAGCUUUGCGUCGGAUUGGAGGUGGACGAUAUGGUAUAUGAGAUGAUUCCAAGCUGGGCGCCUUUGAGGAAUAAGAAGUAUAAGAAGGGGUUUGGUACAUGCAGGUCUAAGUCACUGCUGUAGAAGUUAUUUUUGGCAAAGCGCACGAGUACGUGUACUAGCGGACCGCCGCCAUAUUCUUCCUGGCAACACAACUUAGAAGAAACUUAGAUACGAAUUACGAAUAAUCAGUUAUUAUAACCCAACCC